AUGCUUGCAUGCACCAUGUGCAAGCAGAAAAAACUCAAGUGUGAUGGCCAAUCUCCGCAGUGUCAGAAUUGCAUCAAAGCCGGACGAGACUGUCUGGUCGAAGAUCCAGCCACGGGCCUCCAGCGACCCCGAGACUACCUCCAGUCGCUCGAGGCUCGCGUUGCCUUCCUCGAGAGCCUUCUUCGGGAGGUCCGUCCAGAUGUUGCCAUCGACCAUUUCGGCUCCAUUGGGUCGCUGGAACGGCACACUCUCUCUGAUCAGGGGCUCCUGGCAGAAGUAUCAUUCAGGCAUGCCUCCGAUGGCCCCCAGGAUCAGUCGAACCAACGGUCCAACCUUUCACACAACGGACAGAUGCCAAUCUCGCCGGGCGUGAGCAAGCAUGAAUCGGUCGAGCCCGAAGAAGACGUCAACGACCUUGCUUCCGACGUGGCUUUGCUGGCAAUCAGUGCCGCCGGCCGUGAACCACACUACUUUGGCCCGUCCUCCGCUCUCUCCUUCUCCCGUGUAGCCUUCCCUACGUUGAGGUGGCACAAACGCCACGACGGCUCCCAGCCAAGCGUCUAUAGCGACUCGGAUGUCCAUCGUGGCACACAGGGCCGCCGACCAGCGUUGCUACCCUCGUCCACUGCUGGCCAUGCAUUAUCCACCGCCUACUUCAAUCAUGUCCACCCGCAGUACCCUUUCCUACAUCGACCUACCUUUCUGGCAUGGGAGGAAGACUGUUUACACGCACAGCAGGUGGGCGCGAUUGAAUCUGUCAAAGAGAUCCCAUUGUUUUUCGUGCUUAUGGUCUAUGCGAUCGGAUCGCUUAUCAUCAAAAAUGGAGAUCGUAGCGAAGAUGCAGAGGCUUACUAUGCCACCGCCAUGGACUACCUCCCCAGCAUCAUCGACAUGGAUAGUAUGCAGUCGAUCCAAGCGAUUAUCGCCUGUGCGGUCUACUCCAUCCGGUCACCUGUUGGUGCCUCGAUAUGGAAAUUGUCGGGCAUGGCCAUCCGCCAUUGUAUUGAACUAGGUUAUCAUCGGAGUGUGAAGAGAUUCCGGCCCAGCACUGAUGCGCUGACAAAUGAAAUGUCGAAACGAAUCUUCUGGGUUGCAUACGACAUAGACCGCGCCGUGGCAUUGAUGCUUGGACGACCAUUCGGUAUUGCUGAUCAAAUGAUCGAUGUCGAGCUUCCUCUUGAUGUCGACGAUUCUGCGAUCUCGAGUGCGGGAAUUACUGGUCCAAUUCGACACGGCUCGGAUAAGCCACCCACAGCCAUGACCGGGGCCAUCCACAUCAUCAAGCUUCGACAACUGUGGUCCAAGAUCAGCGACACCAUUUAUCUGGCGGCUUCCAAUGGACCGUCUGUGGGCACCAGGACAUGUGCCGCUCUAUCAGCACACCUCCCCCAUCUUCGGCAGCUGCUCGACGAGUGGUUCGCGGAAACACCAGAACAACUUCAACACCCAGACGGCGGGCCAGUCUCGGUCUUUACUUCGAAAGACUGGUUCCGUCUGGCUUACGACCACACGAUCCUUCUGAUGUACCGGCACUGUCUCACAUGCGAGUUCCAUCGACAGCCGUACAACCCCGCCCACAGUACCCACUGCAGCAAAGUACAAAUCGACGCUGCCUUUCAAGAAUGCGCAGCGAGUGCCCGAGAAAUCUGCGUAUUGUACCGCAGGACGUACCAGCGGUCACCGGUACGCUACACUUGGGGUUCGCUGCACAUUCUGUUCCUGGCCGGGCUCACCUAUCUGCAUUGCCUAUGGAGCUCUGCGACUGUACGCCGGAAUGUCCGGCAACUUGAUGUGAUCAACACCUGCACGUCGUGCAACAUGGUCCUGGUCAUCAUUGCAGAGCGAUGGAACAUUGCCGCGCCUUAUCGAGACCUGUUCGAGAAACUCUCGGAACGGACGAUCAGCAUGGUCUUCGGAGGCCAGGGGAAUGAUAAUCAAAACAUGAGUGCAUCAUCAGCUCUUUUGUCUGACUCGAGCACCCAAAUGGUCAAUAGCCAAAGCUACGACGCAUUCGCGCAACCCAUGUUCGAUGGGUCACAACUUGACGACUGGUUGGUGAGUUUGGAAGAAAUGAAGGUUCCCGACGAGUCGGAGUGGCUCGUCCAGGGGUUGAUUCGGGGAUUUGGAAGUCAACAAGACGUCAACAUGUUCGGUGACACGUCUGAUCCAAUGAUGUGA